AUGUGUAGAUUACUGAUUAUUUUAACGUUAGUUCUUGUCAUUGGAACGAUACUAGGACGUCCGCAUAAAUUCAAAGGAAAAUAUGAUUCACAUCGUCGUCCCGGCAUAUUAUCGAAAUUUUGUUCGAACACCACCAUAGCUCAAAAUUACCUGACGAAAAUUCUGUCUCUUAUUCACAAAUUUCAAUCAAAUGCGUCAUAUGAUUCUGUUCUGAAAUUGCAAUCCAUUCAUUUCAUUAAUUAUGCUUCAAACCGUACAAAUCAAGAAUUAUUACACCGUGACUGUCAAGCGUUCAGCAAAGGACUCAUGGCUGCGAGAAAACUUGAUAAACUAGUUGAUCGAACACGAAAGCAUUUAGCAUCAAUUAUUCAAAAUGAAAUCCAGCAAGUUUCUCAGCGUGUCAACAAUGGAAAAGGAUUUCAUGAAAUUGACGAUUGA